UUUAAAAGCAAGUCGAGUCAGACAUCUUUUUCUACAUGAAUUGAAAUAAUUUUUUUUUUGUAUUGUUAUCAAUUGUGUGUAAAAUUUUCAUAUAAAAAACUAAACAUUUUAAUAAGAAAUUUUAUUGAAAAACACAACCAAAACUAUAAACUACACCAUGCCACUAAAAUUGGACAUCAAAAGACGCCUUACAUCGCGUUCGGAUCGUGUUAAAUGUGUUGAUAUACAUCCAGCCGAGCCGUGGAUGUUGUGCGCCCUAUACAAUGGCCACGUACACAUCAUGAAUUAUGAAAACCAACAAUUGGUCAAAGAUUUCGAAGUAUGCGAUGUUCCAGUGCGCUCGGGGCGAUUUGUCGCCCGCAAAAAUUGGCUAAUCACCGGUUCGGAUGAUAUGCAAAUAAGAAUAUUCAAUUAUAACACUUUGGAGAAGGUGCAUUCAUUUGAAGCACACUCCGAUUACAUUCGAUGCAUUGCUGUGCAUCCAACUCAACCUUUAGUCCUCACCAGCAGUGAUGACAUGUUGAUAAAACUCUGGAAUUGGGAAAAACUAUGGGCCUGUCAACGAGUCUUUGAGGGACACACGCACUAUGUCAUGCAAAUUGUAUUCAAUCCCAAAGACAACAACACAUUUGCCUCCGCCUCGUUGGAUCGCACAGUCAAAGUCUGGCAAUUGGGUUCGAAUUUUGCCAAUUUCACUUUGGAAGGUCAUGAAAAAGGUGUCAACUGCGUUGAUUACUAUCACGGAGGUGAUAAGCCUUAUUUGAUUUCCGGUGCCGAUGAUCGUAUGGUCAAGAUCUGGGAUUACCAGAAUAAGACUUGCGUUCAAACACUCGAAGGACACGCUCAGAAUAUCUCUGCCGUUUGUUUUCACCCAGAACUUCCUAUUGUCUUGACCGGAUCCGAAGAUGGAACUGUGAGAAUCUGGCAUUCAGGAACAUACCGACUAGAGACUUGCCUAAACUAUGGAUUCGAAAGAGUCUGGACAAUUGCCUGUAUGCGAGGAACCAACAAUGUGGCUUUAGGCUACGAUGAAGGUUCCAUAAUUAUCAAAGUUGGACGGGAAGAGCCAGCCAUGUCGAUGGAUGUGAUUGGUGGCAAAAUCAUUUGGGCCAAACACUCGGAAAUGCAACAAGUCAAUCUGAAAGCCUUAUCCGAUGAGACAGAGGUCAAGGAUGGUGAAAGAUUGCCGGUGGCAGUCAAAGACAUGGGCGCCUGUGAAAUCUAUCCCCAGACCAUUACUCACAAUCCAAAUGGACGUUUUGUUGUAGUCUGCGGGGAUGGCGAAUACAUCAUCUACACAUCCAUGGCUUUGCGUAAUAAAGCCUUUGGAUCGGCACAGGAAUUCGUUUGGGCAAUCGAAAGCAAUGAAUAUGCCAUCCGGGAGAAUAAUGGAACUGUGAGGCUGUUCAGAAACUUUAAAGAACGCAAGAACUUUACUCCGGAAUAUGGAGCCGAGAGUAUCUAUGCUGGAUAUCUGUUUGGAGUGAAGACAUCAUCUGGAUUGGCUUUCUACGAUUGGGAAACAUUGCAGUUGGUGAGACGGAUCGAAGUGCAGCCAAGGAAUGUCUUCUGGAACGAAGCUGGAACUUUAGUUUGCUUGGCUACAGAUGACUCAUAUUUCAUACUCAGUGUGGAUACAGGAGCUAUUGCUACAGCAAUAGAGACCAAGCAGGGUUUGGAAGAUGAUGGCAUAGAAACGGCUUUCGAUGUUUUGGGGGAAGUAAACGAGCAAGUGAGGACUGGUCUUUGGGUGGGUGAUUGCUUUAUAUACACCAACUCGGUGAAUCGUAUCAAUUACUAUGUCGGAGGAGAAAUUGUUACCAUUUCGCAUUUAGACAGGACUAUGUAUCUUCUCGGAUAUGUUCCCAAGGACAAUAGAUUGUACCUUGGUGACAAAGAGUUGAAUGUUAUUAGUUUUUCACUUCAAUUGAGCGUUCUUGAAUACCAAACAGCUGUGAUGAGGAGAGAUUUUGAGCGAGCCGAUGUAGUCUUGCCAACCAUUCCCAAGGAACAUCGCACACGAGUUGCACACUUCCUGGAAAAACAAGGAUUCAAAUCUCAGGCAUUGCAAGUGUCGACUGAUCCUGACCAUAGAUUUGAUUUGGCUUUGCAAAUUGGUGAAUUGGAAGUUGCACUUAAACUCGCCCGUGAGUCAGAGAAUCCACAGAAAUGGUCAUCGUUGGCUGAUGUGGCUUCGCGAAAGAAUAACAUGGCUUUGGUUAAAGAGUGCAUGCAAAAGGCAAAUGACUUUAGUGGUUUGCUUUUGCUCGCAACCAGUUCGGGUGAUGCUGAAAUGUUGAAGGAUCUGGGAGAGGCUGGCUCUGCUCAGGGUAAACACAAUAUUGCAUUCCUUUCGACAUUUUUACGUGGCGAUGUCACGGGCUGUUUGAAUAUUCUCAUUGAGACAAAUCGUCUGCCGGAAGCUGCAUUCUUUGCUCGCACAUACAUUCCAAGUAAAAUGCCUGAAAUUGUGGCAUUGUGGCGAGAGGAAUUGGCUAAAUUCAAUGAGAAAGCUGGACAAUCGCUGGCCGAUCCAAGCAAAUAUGAGAAUCUCUUCCCCGGGCUGAGUGAUGCAUUGCGGGUUGAGGAAUUUUUACAAAAAGAACAGUCGCAGACAUUACCAGCACGGAUUGCCUCUCAGGUUCCAUUGAAUAUUAAUCGGAAUCCAUUGGAGGAAAUGAAGGCGGCCGAAGAGAAGGGAAUAUUUGAUGGCAAUAAACCGGCGGUGGAAGUUGCCGAUCAUAAAAAGAAUGAUGAUUUUCUGGGAGCUGCUGCAUCUAGUGAACCUGCUGCUGUUGCUGCUGCUGCUUCAGUUGUUGCUGCAAAAGCUUCCUCCUCUGACACAGAAGAUCCCAAUGCAGAUGAUGACCUUGAUUUAGAAAUUGAAGGUAUGACUCUGGAUGAGAAUAUCGAUACAACAGAUGUGAAUCUGGAUGAGUUUUUGAGCGAUGAUGAUUAAGACGAGAAUAAUGCAAUCAAACUAGAAAAAAAACAAAAGAAUUACCAAAAUAACCAUCGAAUUUGAGGUACUCCCUGAUGUUUGAUAUUUUAGUUUGGCGCAGUUUUUUUUCCACGAGUUUUUCAGUAGGGGGAAAUUUGAUUGGCAAUGCAACAAAUUUAUUUUAUUUCUUUCUUUCAAUUUAAAUAAAUAGAAGGCAUUAAUCAAGUCCAUCGUUCUGUAUUGUCUAUCAUAAUAAAAAAAAAACAUGGAAAAUUCUUAUAAUCUAUAUAAAUAUAUUUUUAGUACAUUAGAAAUGUUUGUAGCGUCCCAAAUAAAAUAUUAAUCAUAAAUUGAUGACAAAAAAAAAAUUAUAAGAAAAACAUAUUAGAUUACGCUGCAAUUUUAUUAUUAUUAUUAUGUAUUGUAAUAAACAAACACAAUCAUUAUUAAAUAUACAUAAAUAAAAUCCUAAAAAAAAUAA